AUGUCAAAUUUGGAAAUUUCUUUCUUUUCCUUUUAUGUCAAAUUUGGAAAUUUCUUUCUUUUCCUUUUAUGUCAAAUUUGGAAAUUUCUUUCUUUUCCUUUUAUGUCAAAUUUUAUGUCAAAUUUGGAAAUUUCGUCAAAUUUGAAAUUUCUUUUUUUUUUUGUCAAAUUUGAAAUUUCUUUCUUUUCCUUUUAUGUCAAAUUUGGAAAUUUCUUUUCUUUUCCUUUUAUGUCAAAUUUGGAAAUUUCUUUCUUUUCCUUUAUAUCAAAUUUGGAAAUUUCUUUCUUUUCCUUUUAUGUCAAAUUUGAAAUUUGGAAAUUUCUUUCUUUUCCUUUUUCCUUUCAAAUGUCAAAUUUGGAAAUUUCUUUCUUUUCCUUUUAUGUCAAAUUUGAAAUUUCUUUCUUUUCCUUUUAUGUCAAAUUUGGAAAUUUCUUUCUUUUUCCUUUUAUGUCAAAUUUGGAAAUUUCUUUCUUUUCUUUUAUGUCAAAUUUGAAAUUUCUUUCUUUUCCUUUUAUGUCAAAUUUGAAAUUUCUUUUCUUUUCUUUUUUUCCUUUUUUUUAUGUGGCAAAUUGGAAAUUUCUUUCUUUUCCUUUUAUGUCAAAUUUGGAAAUUUCUUUCUUUUUAUUCAAAUUUGAAAUUUCUUUCUUUUCCUUUUAUGUCAAAUUUUUCAAAAAAAAUUGUUUUAAAAUGUCAAAAAUUUCUUUCUUUUCCUUUUAUUUCAAAUUUAACUAG